GAUGUUUUAUCUGUAAGAAGUAGACUUCUUGUGCAAGUGAAGCUGGCUGGAGAACUUAGGGAAGGGCCGAAACUUGAGAAAAACAACCACCCCCAAGCUCAGUACCAGGGAGCUGGGCGGCCUGAGGCAGGUCCCAGCAGCACCCUCCUCCUGCUGGGGGGCUCGGCAGAGGACCACGGACCUGGGCUCUGGGAUCCCCCACCUCUGGAGCCCCUGGGUGGGGGCACGCCUGCCAGUGCAUCUGUUAGUGGGCACCUGCUGUAUACUCAGUGAGGCCCGAGUGUGAACUGGGGGGAGACAGACAGCCGCGGCUCAUCCUCCGUGCACUAGUCAGGCCCGGUGCAGUGUGGCGGCAGGGCCCUGGGGACUGCCAUGUGGGCCAGCUGGUGGCUCUGGCCCCUGGUGGCCAUCUGCACUGCAGACAGGUUCCAGGAAGAGGCGAAGAAAAUCAUGCAGGCCAACCCUCUCAUUGACGGGCACAACGACCUGCCCUGGGUGAUGCUCAAAAGGUUCCACAAUCAGCUUGGGAAUGAGGAGGCUGACCUGAGCCACCUGGCCGACACCCACACCAACAUCCCCAAGCUGAAGGCGGGCCUUGUGGGGGGCCAGUUCUGGUCCGCGUACGUGCCCUGCGACACCCAGAACAAGGACGCCGUGAGGCGAACGCUGGAGCAGAUGGAUGUCAUCCACCGCAUGUGCCAGAAGUACCCUGAGACUUUUGUGUGCGUCACCAACAGCAAAGGCAUCCGACAGGCCUUCCAGGACGGGAAGGUGGCCAGUCUGAUUGGCGUGGAAGGCGGCCACUCCAUCGACAGCAGCCUGGGCGUCCUGCGGGCGUUGUACCACCUGGGGAUGCGGUACCUGACCCUCACACACAGCUGCAACACGCCCUGGGCCGACAACUGGCUGGUGGACAAGGGGGAUGACAAGGCCCAGAGCCAAGGCCUGUCGCCCUUUGGGGAGAGCGUGGUGCGGGAGCUGAACCGGCUGGGCGUGCUCAUCGACCUGGCGCACACGUCCGUAGCCACCAUGAAGGCUGCUCUGAACCUGUCUGUGGCCCCGGUCAUCUUCAGCCACUCCUCCGCCUUCCAGCUGUGCCAGCACCGGCGGAACGUGCCGGACGAUGUGCUGCAGCUGGUGAGGAAGAACGGCGGCCUGGUGAUGGUGAACUUCUACAAUGACUACGUCGCCUGCCAACAGCAGGCCAACCUGUCCCAAGUAGCAGACCACCUGGACCACAUCAAGAAGGUGGCAGGGGCCGGAGCGGUGGGCUUUGGUGGGGACUUCGACGGUGUCUCGAGGCUCCCCACGGGGCUGGAGGACGUGUCCAAGUACCCAGACCUGAUCGCUGAGCUGCUCAGGAGGCAAUGGACAGAGGCGGAGGUCAGGGGUGCCCUGGCCGACAACCUGCUGAGGGUGUUUGAGGCGGUGGAGCAGGCGAGCAACCACAGCAGCCCCCCCUCGGAGGAGCUCAUCCCGAGGGAGGAGCUCGAGGACUCCUGCAGGACCUACUAUGGCUACUCGGAGGCCCCCAGUCUCCACCGCCAGCCGGGGGCCCUGCUGGCCUCCCUUGCCACUGCCCUCCUCAGCCUGAGACUUCUGUGACACCCCGGGGCCCGCAUGCCCUGGGCUCUGGGAGCACCCCAGGCUCCAGGAACACAGCUCCCCGCACAUGACUGGCCUGUCCUGAGCAGGCACCUGGGCACACCUGGGCAGCACGCUGCGGGGGCGGGCACUCGGGACAAAGGCCCACAGAGGACCCUCAAUAAAGGCACCCACCUUGUUGA